GGUCACGGGAUGCUUUAACCCUGCCGGGUCAUGUGAACAAACAGCUGCAGGAGAAGGUCCCUCUCCUUCGGUUUUCCCCGGCUGUCAGUUUCCCUGGGCGGCUUGAGGCCGACCACGUCAGCCUCGGCAUGGCCAACGUCUCCAAGAAGGUUUCGUGGUCGGGGCGCGACCACGAAGAGGCGGAGACGACAGUGCCUCGGAGGCCGCCGCCACCGCUCACGGAGCUUCACGGGGAGAGCACGCCACUGCUCAACGGGGCCGGCCCGGCGACUGCCCAGCAGCCCUCCCAUUCAGCAUUUUUCCGCAUCGGGCACCUGAGCAAUGUAGAACUGGAUGAUGAACUCCUUGACUCGGAGAUGGAUGCACCUCAUCAUUUCCCCCAGGAGAUUCCACAUAAUGAGAAACUCUUGUCCCUGAAGUAUGAGAGUUUGGAUUAUGACAAUAGUGAAAACCAGUUGUUCCUGGAAGAAGAGAGGAGAAUAAACCACACAGCUUUCCGGACAGUAGAGAUCAAACGCUGGGUCAUCUGUGCCAUGAUUGGGAUUCUGACUGGCCUAGUUGCCUGCUUCAUUGACAUUGUAGUGGAGAACUUGGCAGGACUGAAGUACCGAGUAGUAAAAGACAAUAUCGACAAGUUUACAGAGAAGGGGGGAUUGUCUUUCUCCCUGUUACUCUGGGCAACACUGAAUUCGGCCUUUGUGAUCAUCGGCUCCGUGAUUGUUGCCUUUAUAGAGCCUGUUGCUGCUGGCAGUGGAAUUCCCCAGAUUAAAUGCUUCCUCAAUGGUGUGAAGAUUCCCCAUGUGGUUAGACUCAAGACAUUGGUGAUUAAAGUGUGCGGUGUGAUUUUAUCUGUGGUUGGAGGACUGGCUGUUGGAAAGGAAGGACCAAUGAUUCACUCUGGAGCUGUUAUAGCAGCUGGUAUUUCUCAAGGAAGAUCAACCUCAUUGAAGAAAGACUUUAAGAUCUUUGAAUAUUUCCGAAGAGACACAGAGAAGCGAGACUUUGUCUCAGCUGGUGCAGCAGCUGGUGUCUCAGCUGCUUUUGGGGCUCCUGUUGGUGGAGUCCUGUUCAGUUUGGAAGAAGGUGCUUCCUUCUGGAAUCAGUUCUUGACAUGGAGAAUUUUCUUUGCCUCCAUGAUUUCCACAUUCACCUUGAAUUUUGUUCUAAGUAUUUACCAUGGAAACAUAUGGGAUCUCUCUAGCCCCGGUCUCAUCAAUUUUGGAAGAUUUGACAAUGAGAAAAUGGUAUACACAAUCCAUGAGAUCCCCAUCUUUAUUGCCAUGGGCGUGGUGGGUGGUAUUCUUGGAGCAGUGUUCAAUGCCUUGAAUUAUUGGCUGACAAUGUUUCGAAUCAGGUACAUACACCGCCCUUGCCUCCAGGUGAUUGAAGCCAUGCUUGUGGCUGCAGUCACUGCCACAGUUGCAUUUGUAUUGAUUUAUUCAUCACGGGAUUGCCAGCCACUUCAGGGAAACUCCAUGUCUUACCCACUUCAGCUGUUCUGUGCAGAUGGAGAAUAUAAUUCAAUGGCUGCAGCCUUCUUCAACACCCCAGAGAAGAGUGUUGUCAGUCUUUUUCAUGACCCCCCAGGUUCCUACAAUCCCAUGACGCUGGGAUUGUUCACUCUGGUCUAUUUCCUGCUGGCUUGUUGGACCUAUGGGCUCACUGUGUCUGCUGGAGUCUUCAUUCCAUCCCUUCUCAUUGGUGCUGCCUGGGGAAGACUCUUUGGCAUAUCACUGUCCUACCUUACCAGUGCUGCAAUAUGGGCCGACCCUGGCAAGUAUGCACUGAUGGGAGCUGCUGCCCAGCUUGGGGGCAUUGUGAGAAUGACUCUGAGCCUGACAGUCAUCAUGAUGGAGGCUACGAGCAAUGUGACUUAUGGUUUCCCCAUCAUGUUGGUUUUGAUGACAGCUAAAAUUGUUGGAGACUUCUUUAUUGAGGGCCUUUAUGAUAUGCACAUCCAGCUGCAGAGUGUCCCCUUCCUCCACUGGGAAGCUCCAGUUACUUCACACUCACUCACUGCCAGAGAAGUGAUGAGUACACCAGUUACCUGUCUACGGAGAAAAGAGAAAGUUGGAGUUAUAGUGGAUGUCCUCAGUGACACAUCCUCAAAUCAUAAUGGCUUCCCAGUGGUGGAGUACUCUGAUGAUGCCCAGCCAGCAAGAUUACAGGGCUUGAUCCUGCGCUCUCAGUUGAUUGUUCUCUUGAAGCAUAAGGUGUUCGUGGAGAGAGCCAGUCUAAACCUGGUCCAAAGGAGACUGAAACUGAAGGACUUUCGAGAUGCCUAUCCCCGAUUCCCACCCAUCCAGUCAAUUCAUGUGUCUCAGGAUGAACGGGAAUGCAUGAUGGACCUCACCGAGUUCAUGAACCCUUCCCCAUACACAGUGCCUCAGGAGGCAUCACUUCCAAGAGUAUUCAAGCUGUUCCGAGCUCUGGGACUCAGACAUUUGGUGGUAGUAGAUAAUCAUAAUCAGGUGGUUGGGAUGGUGACAAGAAAAGACCUUGCACGAUACAGAUUAGGAAAAGGAGGGUUGGAAGAACUUUCCUUGGCUCAGACGUGAGGGGCUUGGCAUCACACCUCUCCGCAGGGCAAGUGUUAGUGACCACUGGAAACCCUCUGCCUCCUCAUGUUCUUUAGCACUCUCAUCUGAGACCUUGUUUCUCUGGAGGCCGUGGAAGUGAAAAGUCCUCCCUGACUUCUAAGCUGCCUCCUCAAGUGCAAACCUGGCUGCUCUAGGUUCUGGUUCAGUAUUUUAAUUUGACAUACAUUGUGGGAAGAUUGGUUUACAUUUUAACAUUUUUCUCUUUGGUUUAUUGCCAUUGGAUCCCAUUUUUAUUCUUUCCUUUUAUGUUUCUUUGCCUGAAAGGAUCAAAUACAUUUAACUUUCCUUUCUAGUGAUGCUCCUUUUCUGAGAGCAGAUGGGUGAGGGAGCUUGUGUCUGUGCAUACCCAUGUAGAGAGGAUGUGGGGAGCCAGCCCUGCUGCACCAAGGAGGAGUCACAGAGUCUGUUACACCUGCUGUUACACUCCCACUGACCCUGUUGUGGCCAGUGGCUAAACCUGGCUUGUUUGUUUUGCACAGUUCAACACACUGCCCAGGAAUCUCUCUGGGGAUUUCCUAAAAGAAUCCUGAGGCUGCGGUAGAUGCUUCACGUUCUUCUCUUCUCCCCUGUACAUGCCCCACAACCAGCCUGUGCCUCCCCCAUCUCAGAACAGCAUGACAAGGCCUGCUGCAGUGGUGCCCGGUUGUCCUGUCUCCAGAGCUGUGGUUGGGUUUGGAUUGGGUCAGGGGAAGUGGAAAAGUGACCUUAAGAGAAGCAGGGCCACACAAAGUGACAAGUUUUUCCUGGAGCUGAACUUAUGAAAAACCUCACCUGCUCUCCAGAGGACAGCUCAAGGUGUUACGACCGUCAGUAAAAUCCCCUCCCUUCUGGCUCCUAGUGGGCCCAAGGGGACCUUGAAUCUGUUCUCUCCCUCUUCUAAGGGCCGCCUUGAGAGCCCAACAAGUCUAGUUGGACCAGGGGAACAUUGGAGAUAGAGCCCGUCCUUCCUAAGGUGGCUUCUGACUGUUAGCAGCCUGAGCUUCCUGAGCGACACAAGACGGAUAGUCAUCUGCUGUCACCACCAACAUCUGCUGCUCCACAGCUGCCGUGUUGUUCCUCUGGUCUGAGGCCUGUUGUCCUUGUACCAUCUGACUCCUCUGGUCAGUGAGCACCAGAAUCAAAGAAUCAUUGCUGUGGAGUCAUGGGGUCUGGAAGCUCCUUCUCAUUGCUGGUCACGGCGUCUCCUGUCAUCCCAUGUCAUUGGUUGUGGCAUCGCUCCCCCCUCCCUGAACCUCACUCCCCCACCUUCCCAGCUGUAGAAGUUUGAGUCUUCAAAAGAUUGGCCCUCAGCCAGAAACCUCCGUUUUAAGCACAGUUUCUUAGGGUUUGAUACACUGGAUUUGUGUCAGUGAAAGGUAGUUGUAUAAUGAAGCCUUCGAGUAUUAGCACGUGAUUCCUCUUAAUGUGCUUAUGCUUAUUUCCCCCAUCUAUUAGAGCAGGGUACAAAUGCAAAGCAUAAUUUCUUCUGCCUGUGCUUGCUGGGAGAUAUACUGAGCUUUUAAUAGCCCUCACUGGGUAACCUUUGUUGGCUUCCCUUGGAUCCCCUUAGUCACUAUGCAUGCUGGGCCCUUGAUGGCACUGUAGGAUGUGUGACUGGUGGCUCAUCGUCAGGCAUGUUUUUUAAUAACUUCUAGGGACCCCUGGGGGCUUCUGAAAAGUAUCUGGUUAGUAAUUCCUUCAUUAAUAGAUAAACACCAGUUUUGCCCAUGGCAUCUUGGGUAGUGUGCUGAUUCUGUAGCACCAGGUGCUUUUUGUCUGCCCUCCAACCACUGUCUGAUGGCCUUGUGCAUAUUCUUGCUGCCUUGGUCCAGGCCCGGCUGGCAGCCUCCCUCUGGUCCUCCCCACUGCCACAGGCUCCCAGGCCGACUCUUUCCCAUAUUCACUCUCCCGUGUGUUGCUGUUUUUCUGUACUCUGGGAGAGAGACCUGCUUUGAUGAAGUUUGGUUUGGGGGAUUCCUUUUAUAAAUGUUUUACAUGUGCCCAUGGCCCUACUCCUGUUUGUUGUGGGAAGCAGCACACUUUGGUGUGUGAUUUUUAUAGUUUGGGCAGAUGUGGCAGCUUGAUUUUAUCUCUAUUGAAAGUAGCAGUGGCUUUAAUGAGUCAAGAGUAGGGGGCCUUCCCUGAAAAGCAGAUCAUUGUAAACCUUGAAACUCUCACCCAGAUCAUGUGCCAAGAAGAAAAUGGGAAACCUGGAGGUGGGCAGGGGUCAGAAUAUGUGUAAACCUAAGAAAUAAAGGGAUUGAAGUCGA